ACAGAGAAUUAACUUUCAGAAAUUUGACAUGAACUGAAAUGGAAAUAAAAUUUUCAGGUAUCUAAAGUCUAACAACAAUCUGUAAAGUUGCGUAAUGGUUAUUAUGAACGUACAUUUUACUUAGAUUUGCCUGCAAGUAAUGAAAAAUUAGAUCAUUGUUGUACUAAGUGUUAUAACCCAUUCUGGAUCCGUUGUUUGACGAAAGCGCAUGCGCUUUCGGUGACGUGUGACGUUUUUUAGAGCAAGAAUAUAAAAUGCUACAAACACUAAAUUUAUAAAUGCUAAAAUGGGGAAUGUCGGUUGUUGAAAUAUAUUUAACUCUGUGCUGUGUACUGUGUGACAAGAAAAUAUGACAACCAUAGUGAAAAACGGUAGUGCCAAAAUGGAUAUUUUAAAACCUGUCGCAGGCAGAGACUUGUUUACAAAUGAAAACUCGAAGCCGAAGACCAAUCUUACCAGUUCCCUCAUGAAGCUUCGGACUUAUGUGCUUGCAUUGAGGCCGUGGUCAUUAAGUGCAAGUCUCAUGCCUACGCUAGUGGGAUCUGCAAUUGCAUAUAAAUAUCCUGGAAGUCCAGAAUUUAAUUGGAUCAUAUUGGUUCUAACAAUCUUUACAGUUGUGAGUGUACAUGGAGCGGGAAAUGUUGUUAAUACAUAUUUUGACUAUGUAAAAGGAAUUGAUAACCGAAAGUCAGAUGAUCGAACGCUUGUGGAUCAUAUUUUAUCAAAAGAUGAAGUUGUUUCAUUAGGUGCACUGCUAUAUUUUGCAGGCUGCAUUGGUUUCAUAUUGUUAGCAGUUCUCUCACCUGCUAAAAUGGAGCAUUUAGCACUAGUUUACUUUGGUGGACUAUCAUCUAGUUUUUUAUACACUGGAGGAAUAGGCUUAAAAUAUAUAGCAUUAGGAGAUGUUUUAAUUUUAAUUAUAUUUGGACCUAUAUCCGUUCUUUUUGCAUUUAUGUCGCAAACAGGAAGAUUGGAGUGGUCUACUAUAUAUUAUGCUGUACCAUUGGCCUUAAACACUGAAGCUAUUCUACACAGCAAUAAUACUCGUGAUUCAGAAUAUGACAAGACAGUUGGCAUUGUCACAUUAGCCAUUCUGAUCGGACAUACUGCUUCACACGUUUUAUAUGCUUUUUUAUUGUUUACACCAUAUAUAAUGUUUGUUGUUUGUGGGAUGAAAUAUUCAAUAUGGUUUAUGUUACCUCUUGUGACUCUUCCUCAAGCAUUUAAAAUUGAGAAGGAAUUCAGAUGUCAUGACACUUUACAAAGUGUGCCAAAACAGACAGCUAAAUUAAAUUUGUUUCUUGGUUUUCUUUAUGUUGUUUCUUGUUGUUUUACAAAAACUUUACCAUUUAUAUUUAUAAACUGAUGUGACUGAAACAAUAAUAUGGGCUGCUUCAUCAUAUUUAUAGAGUUUACAUAUGUCUAAUAGAUUCUAAGUUUAUUUAUAGCUGGUAAUGAAAAAUGAUUUUAAUGACCAGUCAGCAUGAAUUU